GCCAAUGAAAGAGGGACAAAAUGUGACGCUACCUAGUGGUGUUAAAAAAACAAAAGAUGAAGAAAUGAUGUGGUAUUUUAAUGGCACCCGCAUUGCUAUGAUUAAUGGAGAUGUCAACACAACCUGUUACUAUGAUGUUAAUAAAGGAAUAUUCAGCGGCAGGCUGUAUGGUAACGUUAGCACUGGAUCACUUACCAUCAAAGACAUCAGACCUGAACACGCUGGACGAUAUGAAGCAGAGUACAGCAAAAAAUCAGUCAAAAGUGAAACCCUCAAUCGAAUAGGUGAAGUCACGUGUCACAACAAAGCAGUCCUGAAUAUAACUGAUCGUGAUGACAUCAUAAAAAUAUUCAACGUGGUAGUCACUGCUUCUCAAUCUAAAAGCAAUAAACAAAGAACGGGAGAAAAGCCUGUCUCCGACACAACUUCUCCAUCUGAAACCAAUAAACCAAGAACGGGAGAAAAGCCAGUCUCCAACAUAAGUAUGUUUUCUCUUUUUUACCUUAAAAUUAUUUUUACAAAUGGGUUGCACCACGUGUCAAAAUACACAUUUGAUUUAUACACAAAAGGAGAAAUCACAUCUGUUUUCAAUACUGAUGAAAAUUACAAGUGUUUUUUUGAUCACCAAGACAUUAUAGUCAUUUCUAAAGAAUUCAACUUUGAAUCACCAAAGUUAAUUAUAGUUUAAAUAUAUUGACAUGGU